AUGUGUGCAGUUAACGUCUGGAAGCCAGAAGAUAAUAUUCCUGCAGAAAUUCUAGCAAUUCUUUCGAAACCUCACCCCAAUUAUCAGUUAGCGUUUUUAAAUAUCAUACAACUUUUGAAAACGCAAAGAAGAACUGGUUGGGUUGACCACGGUAUUGAUCCAUGUGAAAGUAUAUCUGACCAUAUGUACCGAAUGGGGUUGACCACCAUGCUGAUUACGGACAAGAAUAUAGAUCGUAAUAAAUGUAUUAGAAUUGCCCUUGUUCAUGAUUUUGCGGAGUCAUUAGUUGGUGAUAUUACGCCAAAUGACCCAAUGACCAAGGAGGAAAAGCACCGCAGAGAAUUCGAAACUGUCAAGUAUCUUUGUGAAACCAUAAUUAAACCCUGCAGUGAAAGUACAUCUAGGGAAAUCCUUGAUGAUUGGUUAGCAUACGAAAAACAGACUUGUUUGGAAGGAAGAUAUGUCAAAGAUAUCGAUAAGUACGAAAUGCUGGUCCAAUGUUUUGAGUAUGAACAAAAGUAUAAUGGCAAGAAGGAUCUGGAACAAUUUUGGAGUGCCAUCAAUGAUAUAAAAACAGAUGAAGUUAAAAAAUGGACUCAACGUUUACUAGAAGAUCGAAAGGCCUUUUUCGACAAUUUGAAGGAGUAG